AUGCAAAACACACGCCAAGUCAUGUCGCCAUGGGCCGCUCACCAUGGUGCUCAUGGCGCUCAGGCCUGGCAGAAAUGGUGGUGGCAGUGCGGCGCCUGCCAGGGCUGGAACCAGUGCGCCGUCAAGACGUGCCGGACGUGCGGGAUCAAGAAAUCCAGGGCCCAGAGCGUCUCACCGCAAGGAGCCCCGGCGCCGGCAGCAGCCGGGCAGCUCGUUGGCCAGGCCCCGGAGCCGUUCCACACGCAGUCGGUGGACAAGGACAGGGCCAUCGAGAGGGCGGCCCACAUCGGGAAGAUCAGGCAUCUGGAGUCCGCUCUUGCUGCUCUCCCCGAGGCAGAUGCCUCUCUGGCCCCAGCUCGCAGCGCCCUCGAAACCCAGCUGACGACGGAGAAGAAAGCAGUUACGGCCACGCGUUCGGUGGCAAGCCAGAUCGAAGGCUGCGAGCAAGCCGUCGAGAGAGCCCGUGGCCGGCUCUCGAGACACCGCCAGGCGCUUGCGGAUGCAAGCGCGGGCAUUGCGAAGGAGGAGGCCGCCAUGCGGGAAAUGGAAGGCGGGCUGGUGAAGCUGCGCUCCCAGAUGGCAGUGACGGUGUCGACGCCAGUGGACUCUAUCCAGGCGGCCUCGGCGGCCCUGAAUUCGCUGCUCGGCGACAUGCAGUCUUCGUCGGUGGUGCCGCCAGCGCACGUCCAGCAGGCCCAGCAGCAAGUCGCCCUCCUCCUCGAAGGCGUUCAGAAGAUUGCUGCAGCAGCCCAGGGUGCAUCGGCGGCCCAAGGCAAUGGUCCCAAGUGGGUCGGCGAUGGAAGCGUCCGCCUUCACAACCGCAGUGAGGCCGCUGGAGGAUGCAGCCCUUCAGGCGCCAGACCCAGCGGCGAGCCGUCGCCCUCUGCGCACAAAGACUGCUCCGGAGCACGCCCCGCAGUUCGCUGCCGCCAGCUUGCAGGCAGCCGCCCAGGUGGCAGUCCCUCCCGAGGCGGCGGCCCAUGGAGGGGGGCGACAGCAGCCCAGACCCUAACGUCCAUUGCACGAGAAGGUGGCGGCCGAGGAUAUGCCGACAAUGAGCCUCCUGCGGGGGAGGGUCGAAGGCCUCCCUGCUGCGGGAGGCCCGCGGCGGCGACGCUGGCGCUGGCCUUCAAGGGUCACAUAUUGAUCCUAUCAGGAGGAAGGCGAAGCCUUUCGGAUAGUGGACGAUUUAGAGACGCAGAUGCUUCACACAUCAAGGGCACAAACAACACUCCCAGUGCCUACUGUGCUGGCAUUGGUACGCAGGUGGCCUUGCCCGGUUUUGUCGGCGCCUAUUGUGCUUAG